AUGGCUGUCAAACAAAAAGUAGUAGAAUGUGUGCCCCCAACCAAAGAAGCCCGCCUCCAAAUGAUCCUCAGAGCCCUACAGAGCAUCUCUGCACAAGAUGGCCUCCAAGACAAAAUAUGGGUCCACAUAGUCAAAAGUUUAGGCACAGUCCCUGUACCCACAGAUGCCCUAGCCUACAUGAAAUUCAUAGAGGACAUACAAGAAGUGCAGAACAUCUUAGCCAAAGAGUGUUCAGACCAGAAAAGGAUUUUCAUAGCUCUGAAGGCACUGUAUGAUGAGAUAUCCAACCCUGAUCCCAAUAAGCAACUGUCUCCUGCUAUGUCUAUAGUUUUGCAACUGAUAGAUGAAAGUAAUAUACCCAAUGCUGUCAAGUACAUCCUCAAUGCUGGAUAUCCAGAUCAGAACCUAGAAAGAGCUCUGUUCACUCUAUGCACCUGGCUGAUCAAGUGUGCUUGGGCUGGAAAUUUGGGACCCUUGGUGUUGGCCUUCAUGAAAGGUUUGGAAGUGGACCAGCACCAUGAUAUCCUAGUGGAAGUAACUUUGGCUACCAUAGAGCCUCUGUUCAAGCUUGUGAUGUUCCCAAAGAUACGUGAAAGUGUGGGACCUGUCAUUCUUUACAUGCUCUCCAAAAGCCAGCAUAACCCACAAGUUUUCCACAAAAUAGUGCCCUUAGCUAAGACAGUUUGUGAGAAGCUGGAUAAGGAGCGCAGUGGGUCUAGUUUGAAGUUCCUGCAAGACAUUGUUGAUCUUUUUAUAGCUCUGAUGGAGCACUUUCCUGGUUAUCCUGAGCUCUACGAACCUCUGAAUGAAGUUUUGCAGCCUUACUGUGCGAAUUCUGACUACAAGCAGGUGUUAGGGUGCAAAUCGUGGAGUGACAGCAGCAGUUCCAACAUAGCCAGCAAAUUUUCUGUUGAAAAAGUGGGUUUGAACAAUUUGGGAAACACUUGCUACAUGAACAGUGUGAUUCAGGCUUUGUUUAUGACGAAAACUUUCAGAAAUGAAGUGCUGUUUUUCAACAGGAAUAUGUCCCAGUUGUUUUCGAAAUUGCAGGAGUUGUUUGUGCUGCUGCAGUUUUCCAAGAGGUCUUCUCUGUCCCCACAUGACAUUUUGAAUUUGUCUAGGCCUCCUGGGUUCUUGUUGGGACACCAGCAUGACAGUUCUGAGUUUUUAGGGUAUUUGCUGGACACUUUGCAUGAGCAAGAGAAGAAUUUCUGUAGUGGGGAAAAUUCAGAAGAUGAGGGGGCGGUUGCCCUGUCCCCCACAGUGGUCCAGCAAUCCUUCGGCGGCCGCGCUGUCACCGUGUCCAGGUGCGGCGAAUGCGGCACCAAAUCGGAACGCGCGGACGAAUUCCGCGAGCUGCAGCUCUCCUUUCCCAACCACUCCGACGACCAAUCGGUGCAAGGACUGCUCGACUACUAUCUGCAGCCCGAGAAGCUGUCCGGCGACAACCAGUACCAUUGCGACGUAUGCGGCCGAUUGACGGACGGCGAGCGGAUAGCGAGGGUGGUGGAACCGCCGGCGAGGCUGAUUUUGACUUUGAAACACUUCAGAUACGACCCGACCUCCCAUCAACGCACCAAACUCGCCCAACCCGUCAAACUCGACGAGCAUCUGCGCCUCGACGCGCACCGCUACGACCUCUACUCGGCCGUCGUCCACUGCGGCUCUAGCGUCGACUCCGGCCAUUACUACACCUUCGCCAAGGACACCGCCAGCUGGUUCAAAUUCAACGACGGUUACGUCACCAGAAGCACCCCCGACGACCUUGGACGCUUGAAGUUCCCGGAAACGGCGUACAUUUUGUUCUACAGUCGGCAGGACGUGAUCGAACCCGAGGAUUUGCCGCCUGACUUGCUUCCUGCGCAUGUGCAGUUUGUGCUGUCCAAGGACUUGAGUGCUUUCGAGGCGGAAAAGCGUCAUCAGUCGCUGAAGCUUUACGGAGCUAAGCAGAAUAGGGACGAUGAUCCUCCUCCUCCUGGUUGCGGUGGGGGUGGGUUUUCCUCCACCUCGGGGAAUAUGUUUGUGUGCUAGUCGGGCUACGAUGCGCGAAAACUCUGGUGUGAAUCUAGGAGGUGCUGUCUGUCGGAAACUUGUUGCUUGUCUGCCUGAAUCUGUCUAGGGUCAUGCUUUUCAUUUGUCAAACGUCAAACUUGUGAUUCGCUGGGUGAUAAGGCAAUAAACUGAGUUGUUGACAAACAGGGGAAUGUUUAUUGUUCUGAACUUAAACAAACAUAUCGGAGAUAAGGAAACCAGUAUUUCAUACCAGAAUUGAGUUGUUGUCAUC